AUGGAGGGUCAGGACAGUCGAGCUCGAGUUCGAGCCCACUCCCAUGGCAAUUUAAAUAACAAUGGUAGGCCUCCCUUGCUCCCGGUAGGUGGCGCCACCACCACCGUAACAACUGGCGUCCUCCCUGCGAAUCACAACAGUAAAGAUACAACAAGUAAACACCAGCACUUCAAACUGUACAAACCUGCCAAGGUAUUGACGCAGUUUGUGUUCACCCAUCGAACACGCAAAAAGAGAACCUUGUUGGGAGAUGUCCUCCGUGGCACUGCCACUUGCACUGCCGAUUCGAGUGAACCAGUACCGAUACCAUUGAAAUGGCCCAUGGGAACCAUGGCCAUUGGUCGGUUGGACGAAGAUUCCGAAGGGUUGCUCCUCCUGACCACGGAUGGAACCGUAUCGGAGAGGGUGCGUCGCACAUCGGUCGAGAAGGAAUACUGGGUCCAACUGGAUGGACAGAUCACCGAACAAGCCCUUCACCGGCUUUGUCAUGGAGUGCCAAUUUCCCUGCCGACAGGGCCCAAAUGCGACAAGGAUCAGGGGGGCAGGUCCACGUACACGUACACGACCCUGCCGUGUCAAGCUCGUGUUUUGGAUACCGUCGUCGUCCGCGUAAACGCAACGAGCACCACAGCCAAGGCAAAGAAUCCCUCUGCAGGGCCAGUGGCAGUAUCCAAGCGAAAGAGAAAGAGAAAAACUUUUGGGGGGUAA